CUCCGCCUUAACCGUCACUGAGCUCCAUCAAACAGCCCGAGACGGACCCGUCUUUCCCUGCAGGUGAUGUUUUUACCUUCUCCACUCGUCUCUUUACAGUUAUGUGGGUCCUGUGUCCGGUUCUGAGAAGGAUGGAUUACGUGUGAAGCAGACCCAUUUUUCAUUAUCUCUCUGUCUCUGACCGCUUCCUGCCCCCUUUACUGGAUCACCAUGGCGUUGUGUGUCCCGGCCUGCUCUCCGGUCGCGAGGUUCUGCCAGAAGCUGAACCGGCUGAAGACACUGGAGGAUGAUGUUAUGGCAACGUCUCUGAAGCGUUGUCUCUCCACCCUGGACCUGGCGCUGCUCGGGGUUGGUGGAAUGGUCGGAUCGGGCCUUUAUGUUCUCACGGGAACCGUUGCCAAGGACACAGCUGGACCGGCUGUGGUCCUCUCUUUCCUCAUUGCGGGCGUGGCCUCUCUCCUGGCAGCACUUUGUUAUGCCGAGUUUGGUGCACGGGUCCCAAAGACAGGCUCCGCCUACAUGUUCACGUACGUCUCUGUCGGCGAAAUAUGGGCCUUCCUCAUUGGCUGGAAUGUCAUUCUGGAGUAUAUGAUUGGUGGGGCGGCUGUGGCCCGGGCGUGGAGCGGCUACUUGGACUCCAUCUUCAACCACCGCAUCCAGAACUUCACAGAGAGUCACGUGAUGCGCUGGGAUGUGCCUUUCCUCGCUCAUUACCCAGACCUCCUUGCGGCAGGCAUCUUGCUGGUGGCUUCUAUGUUUAUUUCGUUUGGCGUGCGCGUCUCGUCCUGGCUCAACCACAUCUUCUCCGGCGUCAGCAUGGUAGUGAUCACCUUCAUCCUGGUCUUCGGCUUCAUGCUGGCUGACCCAGGCAACUGGAGUGCUCGAGAAGGAGGCUUCGCCCCCUAUGGGCUGUCGGGGGUCAUGGCGGGAACAGCCACCUGCUUCUAUGCCUUUGUCGGAUUUGACGUCAUUGCGGCUUCCAGUGAGGAGGCGCGGGACCCCCAGAAGGCCAUUCCCAUAGCAACAGCCAUCUCCCUGGGCCUGGCUGCCACAGCCUACAUCCUGGUGUCAACGGUUCUGACGUUGAUGGUGCCGUGGCACACCCUGGACCCAAACUCAGCGCUGUCCGACGCCUUCUUCAGACGGGGCUACAGCUGGGCCGGCUUGAUAGUGGCUGUGGGGUCGAUCUGUGCCAUGAACACGGUUCUCCUCAGCAAUCUCUUCUCCUUGCCGAGGAUCGUGUACGCCAUGGCGGAGGACGGCCUCUUCUUCUCCAUCUUCUCUCGCGUCAACCCUGUCACCAAAGUCCCAGUCAUUGCCAUCCUUGUCUUUGGAAGCCUCAUGGCUUUACUGGCCCUCAUCUUCGACCUGGAAGCUCUGGUCCAGUUCCUGUCCAUCGGUACUCUUCUAGCCUACACCUUCGUAGCAGCAAGCGUAAUUGUGCUACGUUUCCAGCCCGAAAAAAGCAGCAGUGCCUCGGGUGGUGGUGGCACCAAAACAGAUGCAUCGUCCAUGGCCUCCCCCAGCCAGCCAGGGUCUCAAGGAGACCCCUGCAUGACCAGAUCUGAGACACAGACCCUGGCGCAGGAGGCCGGAGAGCUGAAAGAGUACGAGUCCUUUUCGGAUAAGCUCCAGUUAGUGGAAAAGCAGAAGGCAGUUAGAGAGCGACGAGCCCCAGGCAUGCUCAAGGCUCGCUGGGAGCCCUAUUUAGGACGUUUGUUGGGCGAUUGCGAGCCAGGAGACGUGGUGGCCUUCUCUGUACUCGCUCUGAUGGUCAGCGCCGUUUCCCUCUGUGCUGUUCUGGUGUUUGGGAACAGCUACCUGCACCUGCCCACAUGGAGCUUUAUCCUGCUGCUGGUGGUCUUCAGCCUGGCCUUCUUCAUCGGCCUCAUUCUCAUCUGGGUCCAUGAACAGCAGACCAAAACGAAGACUUUUCAGGUUCCUCUGGUUCCGUUUGUUCCUGGGGCCAGUAUCCUGCUGAAUGUGUUUCUGAUGCUGAAGCUCAGCGCUCUCACCUGGCUCCGAUUCACCAUCUGGCUGGCUGCAGGUCUGCUGGUGUAUUUUGGUUAUGGUAUAUGGCACAGUAAAGAGGGACUGCGGGAGCUGCAGGGUAACGAUGUGUCGGCGCGUUACGUGGUCCUGCCGAGCGGGAGCCUGGUGGAGACCGUCCAGAACGUCCAGCCUGAGGGACACGUGCACACACACGCUGCACACACACCAGACACCAACGACCCGCCAGCCAACAGAUGAUCUGUCUCUGAUCUGGAACAUGUGUGCAGCAGUGUAUUUGCCAGAUAGUCAUGUUUAUUGUGUGUGUGUGUGUGUGUGUGUGUGUGUGUGUGUGUGUGUGUGCGCGUGCCUGUGUGUGUUCGUGCGUCUGUAUGAGUUUUUUUUUUUAUUGCUCUCUCUCUCUUUCUGCUGUGCUCUGCUCUGCCUUUCACCUGCCUUCUUCUUGUGAAGAACACAAAUAGUUUCUAUAUCAGGGAUUAUUUAUGAUCUUCGGGAGACACUAAAUCACUGAGUCUCUGUCAAAAUCCACCCGUUUUAUGUUGUGACAGACUUGCUUUUGUUCACAUGCUCAGUGGCAGCGCCACUGAGUUUAGCUGCUGCUGCGAAGCUGAAAGGAAACUGUUCCAUUUCCAGUCUCAGUUCAUACGGUUACUGUGUGCAGUCAGUUGGGGUUUGUUGGCCCUCGCUGUUCCAGCCGGCUGUGUGACCCACUUGAAGGAGCGUUUCAGUCGAACCAUGCUAAUGUUGCUAACUGUGAUUGAAAGUGAAAAGUCACCGGUUUGCAUUUAGCCCCAGUCACACUUGCGUUUACCAGCAUGUUUUUGCUACAUCAAGCAAGGGAAAUUCCCCCUGUAGGCUAUUUCGUGAUUUCCAGGGUAAAUUUUGCGGCAGAUUUAAUUCUGGUGAACUUUGAAAUGCAAAUUCGCAUCUUUCACCAGGAAUGCUGCUUUUCCAUCGACUCAGAAAUGGAGGAAAUGCUAAUUUAACCAGAGUCUCAGCAAAAACCAUUAAACCUUUCUUCCCUACCGGCUAUUAAAACCACGUGCAAGAGAGACUGUAUGAUAUACAGUCAGUCAGGAGACUCUAUUAUUAUCUUGUGUUUUUACUGCUCCUAUGUUAGCUUCUGGGCUAACUGCAGCUCCACAGCUCACACUAUUGCCACCAACUAGGCCAUUUUUGUUGUAUAAUUAUCUGAUAUAAUUAUAUUCAGUCUUGUGUUUUCUCUGGUCACUGAGUUCGCUCACGUGCUGAUUGCUCCGAUCUGGAGUGUUUUUUUCUGGAUCUUUGUGGACAUGAAUCCCCCCUCAGUUCGAUUCAGUGAUGAUUCUUAAGGGACGAUUCACCACUGUUCAGUGUAUUGAGUUAUUUUGCUGCGAUUCAGAAGUGUCUUUGAGAAAAUACAGAUAUGUAACUGCAGGGAAUAUUUACAGAGAACUGAAUAUGAACGGUAAACCAAUACACCAACCUUUUUUUUUCAUUACAAAAUCUAAAAUACAAUUUUAUUUUGACAAAAAAUGAGAACGUACUUUAUUUUAUUGAAUAUUGUUCUAAACAGUUAUAAUUGAUUGCAAGUGGACUGGAUGGAUGGAUUUGCACACCUCUACUAGCUGGUGGCUGCUAGGUUUUGUUCACUGUAAGCAUCAUUAUCAUGCUCGUUGAAGCUGUUUCUUUCUUGUCCAUCAGCUCAGCUCCAUUCUUUGGUGGAUUUGUUGUGUUUGCACAGCUCCUGGAAGAAAUACUGAAUAGAGCUUAGCGCUCUGCUGCUAAUGUUGGAGAGAAUCGGUGUGUUUAGCACUGAAUUUUUGGAGUUGACAGCUUUUUUCCGCUGUUUAGCUGGUUGGAGUGAAACAGACAGGUGAACUAUGUGCUCCUGUUGACUUGCAGUCAGUGGUUCUGGACUGUGGUUAGUUUGCCUGAUUAGCACUUUGUUUUUGGCCUGCUUGAUGUGCUUUUGAGGAUGAGUUGAGGGCCCAUGUCCUACAUUUUUCUCUAAACCCCACUAACAUUGAAUCAAAACAGGCUGGUUAUUGCGCAGCCUGGUUUCCACAAACAUUUUCCAUACUACAUAAAACCUUUUAUUUAAAAACAUUGAGAAAAGUGUGUUUUCCAUGAUAUGGGCCCUUUAAGUUUGGUCUAGAGCUGCAAGCAAGGACAAUCACGCACACACAAGCACGUCGUUUGCUUUAGUGGAAUGCAAAGUGGAUCAUGUGGAUCCACUCGUGAUGCCGCGUCACAGUCAGUGUGAUCUGAAGCUUUUCGCUGAAAUACUCACUGAGUCUCAGAAUCUCAUGUCAUAUUUAUUUCACUUUAUAUAUAUCAGUAUUUAGUCAGACCUCAUUAUUUAAUGUGUAUGCUAUGUUAAGCUGGAAUGCCUGUUCAGCUUCAAAGCCUGUUCAUAAACCAACUUUUAUACUGUAGCCUUUGAAGUGACCAAUUCAGGCUCUGCCCACAGAUCUGGCCAUUCAUAGCUGUUGUUGCUGGGCUAGACAAGCUUAACAGAGCACUGGUCAAAACCUUCAUUAAACAACUGAGAAAAUGAGCUAUUCAUGUUAGACCACUACACGAUAUUGGGUUUGCAGUCCUGCUAUUCUACGCAGGCCUGGUUACAGCCUUGGGUGGUCAGCUAGCAUGCAUUAAGGUGCAGAGACACGACUAUGGUGAGAUUGAUGGCCUUUUACAGCACUAAUGUCUACGGGAUGUGGUUGAAGACCGCAGCCACUUUUUCACAGUAAUGAGCUUCGUUUUCUAAGAGAAACUCGUGAGGAGCUUCCCAGCUCUGUUCACUAAAGCACUUAUCGAUCAGCUCAGCUUAACAAAGAAGAGGCGACUCUUUCGGUUCCUGAUUAGUUCUUCAUUCAGUGUUUUCCCCCCAGAAUUAACUAAGUUAGUAAAAUUGUCCAUAAUUUAAUUUUCAAUAUAUGAUUAGUUCAUUAGAAGGCGCACUAAUCAACAGAAAAUCAUAUAUGAUCGCCAUCCAAAGGAAAACGAGUGUCUCUGUUUAUUCUGUUUUUUAUUCUUCUAGAUCAUUUAAGUAAGGUGACAUUUGACAUUACGUAAAAUAUUCAUGAUGAAUGGACAAAUAGAAAUGCUCAAAUAGCUUGGAAUAAAAUCUCAUUACGGUGACUUACACUGACAGUAAAGAAUGCUUUUGUGCACUCCUGUAAAGCGGCUAUUGGACAGUGACAACAUGUACAGUACUGUGCGAAAGUCUUAGGCACCCCAGACACAUUUUCAAAAUCUAUUUAUUUGUGUUGUUUGUGUUUAUCUGUUGAGAAAAGUGUUAAUAUUUG